AUGGAAAACAAAGCAGUUUGGCUCAAUAACCCGGGUGAAGAUCCUGUCAUCGAUACUGCGCCCUUUCCAGAACCUGGAGAGAAUCAGUUGCUUGUCAAGACAAAAGCUGUGGCUGUUCAACCUGGAGAAUGGAAGCUCCAGGCAGGCAUAAUACCAAUACCAUUGAAAUAUCCAGCCAUCAUUGGACUCUCACUGUCUGGGGUUGUGGUAAAGGUCGGUCCAGGAGUAACUAGGUUUCAACCUGGUGACCGGAUUGCAAGCAACAGCGCUGGAGUUAUGUUUAACGACUACCGUUUCGGCGCGUAUCAAAAAUAUUCGCUUGUCCCCCAGAAGCUAACAUCAAAGAUUGGCAAUACUCCAUUCGAAGAUGCGGCUGCCCUAUCUGUUGCGUAUGGGCCAAUAAGUGCUUUGUUUCUUCACUUAGGCCUCGAAAGAAAGCUUCAAACCCCUAAAACCGCAGGCGAUAAAGUACUUGUUUGGGGAAUCUCGUCCUCUUUUGGUGCUCUUUCGGCUCAGAUAGCCAAGCUAGCCGGCUACAACGUGGUUGGGAUCGCCCAUGGACGGCACACAGAAUUAGCGAGGGCUUUGGGGAUCAAUUCUUUUAUUGAUCGAUCGUCCCCAUCUGCUGUUGAAGAAGCCACCGCUCUGGGUCCGUUUCAUGCUGUACUUGCUGCAGCAGACUCAGCGGAAGAUCAGGUUAAAAUCGGCGCCAUAUUAUCGGCGCAGGGUGGCGGAAGUUUCCUGUCCACGAUGGGUGUACGGCCUGGCGUGCAACUGCCUGAAGGUGUCACAGGAUUCUUCCGCCAAUUCAUUGACGAUUAUCUAAACCCCAAAAAUCACGAGUUCACAGAAUGGGUAUGGUGGAAUUUCCUGGAGCAUGCAUUCGCCAACAAUAGCUUAAAGUCGAUUCCUUUGGAAAUACAGGGGGGCCUGUCCUCUGUACCUGAAGCUUGGGACCUGCUACGACGUGGUGCCGUCAGUGGGAAAAGAUUGAUCAUUCUUCCCCAAUUGGAGUAA